AUGGACAAACAAGCCAUCACGUUCAUGGACGAGGAUGCUGAGAGGGUUCACCACCCUUAUGACGACGCCAUCGUCAUCACUUUGCUUAUUGCUGACUAUAUGACAAGAAGGGUGUUGGUGGACAAUGGAAGUUCAGCAGACAUCUUGUAUUAUCCUACUUUUCAGCAAAUAAGACUUGGACGAGAUCAACUUCGUGUAGUGAAUUCGCCCUUGGUAGGGUUCGGAGGAAUGAAAGUGCAGCCUAUAGGCACCAUUACGUUACCUGUGGUGGUGGGGGCAUACCCACAACAGAUAACCAAGGAUGUGAAUUUCCUUAUGGUUCAGACGAUGAACAUUGAGGAGAGGAGAGUUGUGGCAAAGCCCACUGAAGCAUUGGAAGACAUCCCUUUGGACAAGAAUAACCUUGAGAGGUAUACAAGGGUUGGAGUGGAUAUGGAAAAGAAGACGAAGCAAGAUCUUGUCCAGUUCUUAAAGAAGAGCAUUGAUGUGUUUGCAUGGAGUCAUGAGGAUAUGCUGGGUAUAGACUCUAGUGUCAUUACCCACCGUCUAAAUGUAUAUCCUUCCUCUAAGCCUAUACGACAGAAGAAAAGAGUGUUUGCCCCUGAGAGAGACAAUGCCAUUAAAGAAGAGGUUCAGAAGUUGACUGUAGCAAAGUUCAUUUGA